CGGUCUACACGUCUAGAAAAUUAGUACACGAUGGCGCACGUAAAUUUUUCUACCGUAUUCAAACAAGGUUUGUUGUUAAUUGCGAAAGAUUGUUUUUCCAUGAAUUAAAGCCGAUGACAGCGGGAAAUUUCAGGACUGCAACAAGAUAGCGAAACCGCGUAACGGCGUUUUAAUCGACGUCGCGAGUGAUGCGAUGCCCGAGAUCUAUUAUGUUCGCAGCCUCGGUUAAAAUAUAAUUAAGGUGUUUGCAAAACUGUCAAACGAUGGAGUACUCGAAACGAGCCAGGCCCGACGAGGAGCCGAAGACUCUCAUGCCGGUUUUAGUAAGAACUGACACGGACGACUGCAUACGUAUUGACAAAAACGAGUUCAAGAUCGGACGUGCUAGGGACAACGAUGAGAUUAUAUUGGACAUCUGCAUAUCGCGAAAGCACUGCGUCUUUAGGUGUGAAGACCGUGACGAGUGGACGAUUAAGAAUGUAAGCACCAACGUGACGUUAGUCAAUGGCGUUGCCAUCCCUCCGGGCGGAGUACAAAGGGUCAAUCCUGGUGAUACUGUACAGUUUAGUUUGAACGAAACGUUUAAGUAUUUAUUUACGUUUGCCGAGCAAGAGCAUUGCGCUAAGAGGCCGCGCAUAGACGAGAAGAUACUCGACAGUGUUCUUGUAAAGCAGAAGACGUUUGCCGAGAGUCAGGAGUGCCAGAGGAAAGAGUUGAAGGAUAAGCUCGAGAUAAAGCAAAAGGAACACAUUGAGUUGAAACACCAGCUCGAAGAUCUGCUGACGCAGCAGACCGUGGCUAAAGACGACAAGGAGAACCUGUUGAAGCAAAUUACAGCGUUGGAGGAUAAAAUAAGGGCGUGCAAUGCUCAGGAGGGGCAUUUGAAUAACAUGUAUUCCGAGUUGUUGCAAAAGUUGGAAAACGAGAGGCUGCAGUUCGAAGUGAGGAUAAACGAGGAGAAGCAGAAGUGGCAGGAGGCGUUGAACAUGAGUAACCAAGAAAAGGAGACGUUGGAAGUAAAAAUGAAGGAGCAAAUGGAGAAGUGGAGAGAGGAGCAGCAAGCAGAAUGGCGAAGGAUGAUGGAGAGCAAGGUACAGGAAGAGAAGGAUAUUCAGGCCCAGCUAUUGAAUGAGAAGAAUAUGUUAGAAACGAGAUUGAAAGAAACGGAGAAAGCCCUGAAGGAACAGGAAGCGAAAGCGGAAACUUCGCAGGCAGUGCUGUGCGCAAACACAUCAGACGAUACUAUCGCGAGUACAUCGGAGUGUAUAUUUUUGAACUUGAACGUUGAUCAAUACGAGGUCCCGGAAUAUCAGAUAAUAGAUACGAUAGAUCUGACUGAGAUAAGCCAAAAUAUACUAGAGACCAACAUUAAAGAAGACAUUUAUGGAAAAGUGGGGCACAUUAUGGACGAACAAUUGACGUGUAGCAUAUGCUCAGAAUUAUUUGUCAAGGCAACGACACUAAACUGUGCGCACACGUUUUGCCACCACUGCAUAGCAAUGUGGAAUAAGAAACGGAAAGACUGUCCUGUCUGUAGGAAGCCAGUAAUAUCGAGGAUUAGAUCCUUAGUUUUAGAUAAUUUUAUUGAGAGUAUGAUCGAAAAUUUGCCCCCCGAACUUAAAAACAGAAGAAAGGAGAUUAUACAAGAAAGGGAGGUUUCAGUACCAGGACCGAUGAAACGAUAUUGAAACGCAAGAAGACGGGUACUGGCGUUUUACUUUUUACGUUAAUUAUAUCUUAAGAAUAUUUGUUACUGUCUGAUUAGUCGAUGAUUUGUGUCAAGUGUUGGUGAAGUUUAGCUCUCUAAGCGCUCUCGAUGUCUCGAAAGUUAAAAACUUAUUUUUAUAAAUAGGUCUUUAUGGGCCAAUUUCGCGAACGUCGGUUAACUGUUAACCAGAGUUCAGUCGACUCCCUAUCUAUUUCCAUCUUGUUAUCUAAAAAAAGUGGAGAAUCAACCUUCGGUUAGCAGUUAACCGAUGUCUGUGAAAGCGGCCCUAAAUCAUCCCUUUUCUAUUUCGUCAUUUUAUUAAUUUGCAUUAUAUGAUAAGUAUAAAGUACGCCAUUGUAUGUGUGAUUAAUGAAGUAUUUUGAUAAAA